ACCUCAACGAACACAUACCAACCAUCAACAGGUAGAAUCACAGUCUAUAGACCAGCAGACUUCAGUCGUGAACAGACCACAAGUCGUUCGAGACUCGGCUGUCUACGUUUCUCGGUUAGAAACUUUUGCCCAGCAUGGCGCUUAAUCUGUAUUACACACAAGUCAGCCCCCCCUGUCGCGCAGUUAUGUUGACUGCCGAGGCGAUCGGAAUGAAAUUAAACUUAAUAAACGUGGAUAUAUUCAGCGGCGAGAAUUUGAAACCAGAAUACGAGCAGCUCAAUCCACAGAAAACUAUUCCCCUGUUGAUCGAUGGUGAAUACAAGAUAUGGGAAAGCAAAGCAAUCAUGAUUUAUCUGGUGAACAAGUAUGGUCAGAGUGCAGAAAGACUUUAUCCGAAAAAUCCGGCCGCUCGAGCAGUCGUGAAUCAACGACUCUACUUCGAUACCAUUUACCUCGAUAAACGUAUCAGAGAAUAUUACUUUCCGUCCGCGUUUAUGGGAGAAUCGAUUAUGGAUCCGGUAAAAUAUGAAAAUUUGUGUUUCGGCUUCGAACUUUUGAAUAAAUAUUUGGAAAAUCAGAAUUACGUUUGCGGACGGAUCUUAACUUUGGCAGAUCUAUCGAUCGUCACAUCAGUUUCAACCGCUGAAGUGUUCGAUUUUGACCUAGCUAAGUACAAAAACGUAACGGAGUGGUACGAAAGGGUGAAAAGCUCGGCACCUGGGUACAAGCUAGCCAACGCCGAAGGAGCUGAAAUGAUGAAACAACUUCUAGAGAAUUUAAAAUCUCAAAAAUCAGACGAGCAGUGAAAUCGAAAACUAAUGUUCGCCCGAUCCGGAGCACGAAAAAACUUUUUGAUCCGAAUUCCUCGCUGAGUAGAAUUGAAAUGUAUAAGAUUUUUAAGUUACAACAUUGGAGUUUUGGACGAAUAAAAAUUCGUUGGCAGUAUCACGGCA